AUGGCUGACGACUCGAAUGCCAACAGUGGCCCAGGUGCCAACAUGUGCGAGGAAACGAUAGUUGAGCUUCAUAACCAGUGGGAUGCCGUUCUCGUUGUCACAAAAGACAACACGAUUCGCAAGUUCCGGGUAUGCUCGAACGUACUCGGCGCCGCAUCACCAUACUUCGACAGCCUCUUGGUCGUUCCUACCUUCUCAGAGGCCAUCAAAGUCCAGAACGGCCAGCGCCCCGACAUACACUUGGUGGAGAACCACUACCCAGAUGCCAUGGAGGUAAUGCUAAGCAUUCUCCACUACCGGAUGCAGCGCAAGUGGGACAUGGUGACCCCCAAAGAGCUCGCAACCAUCGCCAUAUGCGCUGACCAGUAUCGCUGCGUUGAGGCGCUCAAGGCCCAAAUUGGACAGUGGCUCGUUGGGCAGCCGAAGUCCAACAAGGCCGAGCCCGACGAGAUUGGGUACUUGUUAGUAGCUCUGCAACGAUUCGAGCACCCAGAAGAGUUCUCGAGAAUGUUGGUGGCUGCUGUCAUGAACAUCCCUUUCUCCUUCGACUUCGGAUCUUGGGCUGCUGAUCCAAUUAUUUCUGAGUUGGAUGAGGACCUGAGAGCGCGCAUCCAGAAGAAUAUGGAAAGGGUCAAAGCGACACUUACCAAGUUCUUGUAUUCAGCGAUUACGAAACUCACCUUCAACGAGCAAGUGAGCAUGAUACAUCGAUGUAACACCUGGCCCGAUUGCCCAUCGAAUACGCGAUGUUACUCUGGUGAACGUGUCAAGGAGUUCCUCAAGAUGCUCCAUAAUAACUCUCUCUGGCCACCGCAGGAAGCGAUAGAGAGCUGCACCAUCAGAAAGCUUGGCUCGCGCCUCCGAAACCUGCAGAAGACGGAUGUUCACAGCUGUGAUGCUGGCCCAGAGUGCGAACUAAGACGCAUUAUGGACUUAUUAGAGGCGGAGGCGACGACUGUUAUCGAGGGGGCCCAGUCAGGCUUGGAGAAGACAGCGAAGACGACAGCGGAGACGCCGGACGACACUCAGGACAUGUAA